AUGAGCGUGCCGAAAAUACAACCAAUGGAGGAUUUACCGUGUGAUGAAAUUGCUGCAAAAUUACCACUUAUUCGGGAUCUAUUAAUUGUAAUCCGUGGUAGUGAUGAUAACAACGAAAUAAACGAUUGUAUCGAAAAGUUUUGUGAAGCAUUUCGUAAACAAGGAUUGGAAACAAAUGUUGUAUUGGGUGAAAUAGAAUUAUGGCUUUGGUAUUUCACUGGUCAAUCGCAAGCCGAUAAAAGUGCUGAUCGAUGCCUUUCAUUUUUUGUGAAGUGUGGUUUAAGGAUGCUUUUGGCGGAUACAGUUAUUCCUCCACUUUUCACCCUUCUCUUGAAACAUAUUGAAAAUAUUCAAUUCUCAGUCUGUGAUUCCUCACGAUACCGAUGCUGUCGACUGAUAACAUCAAUUUUUGAAGGUAUUGAGGAAAUAGAAGCCGACUAUGAACCUACGAGUUGUACGGAAGAAGGAAGUUUGCCUAUAGAAGUGAUGGAUAAUCUGAUCAAAAUCUUGAAGGGAAGGAUAUAUGAUAAGAAUCCAUUUGUACGGGCCGAAACGAUUCGAUCGCUGUCCAUUUUGUACAGAAUCAAUGAAAGAAAUGAAGAUGAUAAUGGAUUUGAUUGCACCAAGUACAUCUUUGAUGCUUUAAAAGAUAUUUCGCGUGAUGUACGGACAGAGGCAGUUCAUUGUGUACCUCUAUUUUCUGAAAGCGACAUUUCAACAUUUAUUUCAAUGAUUCUGAUGGAAAGCGAUAACAGUGUUCGUCGCCUUGCUUUUAGUCGAAUUGCAUGCAAUUUGCAUGUGCGCUCACUUACUGUCCAACAACGAAUGCAACUACUCAAAGCUGCAUUUGCUAGCGACGAUGGUAGAGUGUUACGGAAAAUUGGUGAACGAAUGAUUAUGAACUGGGCUGGAAAUGAUGUAGUACCAUUACUUAACCUUCUGCAACAUCUCGAUUUUCUCUCUGAUUCACAAACAAGCUACCAGGCUUUAAUGAUAUUUCUCAAAAAUUAUCAGAGGGAAAUAGGAAGUGCACGAACCAGUGAAAUGCUAAUGAAUCUGCGUGAAUUGUGCAAUGCGGCACAGGUUAAGUCAGUCAAAACAGAUAUGACGCCAUAUAUUAAUUUCGUGAACUAUGAUAUACUUGAUCGACGAAAUUAUACUGAACUGCGCUACAGCUCCAACAACAAUCUGUAUGUGAUAGCCGGUCGUAUAUAUAUUUGGCGAAGUUUGUGUGAAUAUUGUCAGUUGAAUGCUGUUGAUGAAGCAGAUCGCUGUGAAUCUUUGCAUGUUUUGCUUCCCGAUAUGGUUGAUUUCACUGACUUCCUUUACAAUAGCUUGGCUACAUGGACAGCUUCUGCAGAUUCUGUGCAAGGAGUUCUUGAAGAAUGUAUCAUCUUUCAGUUAUGCUUGCUAACCCGAUUGUUUGAUCAAACAGAUCGAGUUGGAAUGGAAAAGUGGCAGAACACAUUGGAAACAAUCAUUUCUACACGAGAUUUGCCAAAUUCAGAAAAAGUGUUGGAGUUCGCAGUGUAUGAAUUAUUCGAUUUAUUCUAUGAAAAGGAAGGAAAGUUGGAGGAAUUCCUUGAAUGGUGCUGUUAUCGUAUAAACAGUUUUUUCACGCGUGAUCUGAAUGAAACUGAAGAACUGCCACUUACCAGAGCUUUGCUGGCAAAGCUUGGCGUGGAUUACGCCAUGUCGUGUGAAGCAAAUAUUGAGGAAGACAACAAUUAUGAGCCAAAAAGUCACAACAUACAACGUGCUUUGCUGGUACUCCGUGCUAUAAUGAGAAAUUCUUGUACUGCAAAAGUUACUACCUUCUUGCGAACUGCAUUCGAUCAAGUGGUGGAUACGUACUGCACAACUCUAGAUCCAAUGAUUUGGGCUUCUCUUUCCGAAGUCAUUGGUAUUGGUGUAGCAAUUGAUGGACGGAUUGCUCGUGAACGAAUUCAUGUGUUACGUUCUGCUAUUGAAGUCGAAGGAGCUCCUACACGUGUUAAGGCAGUGGCUCUUACAUCCAUAGCUGCGUGCGCGAUUUUGAGAAGUUAUGCAACAACUGCUAAGUUAUAUUAUCCGGAAAUCGUAGACAGCAGCGUUAAAAAGGGACAAAUGCUUCUACAAGUUUUUGAAGGAUUUAUAUUUAAUGAGGAUGCCGAACUUUCUUUUGCGGCUGUUGAAAGUAUUGGUAAAAUACUGUAUCACGGAUGCCUUUGCUUUCCGUCUGCAUUGGCCGGCCUACUUUUACGAUAUUUUGAUAGCUCAUGCCAACCGUAUCCAUAUACUUUUUUAAAUUAUUUUUUCAGUUUUUAUCCCGCAUCAAAUAGCAUCAAUCAGCAUAAGCUAAUCGGCGCAUUGAGGCAUGCUUUAAAAGUAUUGGAUGAAGCGCAGUAUGGUGAAAGACUCUUGACUGGUAUUGAUGCAAGCAGAAUGGUUAAUUUUGUGGCUAAAGCAGUUAGAAAAUCAGCACUUUCAAGUUCUGCUAAGAAAGAGAACUUGAAACAGACCUAUCCUCCGCAAUUCUUUUUAAUCAAUUGUUUGUUGGAUUGGGUUAUCAAUAAUGCCGAAAGUGAUUUGAGUGCAGUUUGUGUGGGAGCUCUUGCACAUACUUCACCGGAAGAAUUUAGUUACAACAACAAAGCGUAUUCUCAUCUACUCAAGCGAACCGCUCGAUGUAUCAAUGUAUUAUUUACACUUGAACUUGACAAAUUAAUACCGGUAACUCGGCGAUUUGAAAGACGGCUUAAGCAUAAGGGAACAAAUGAAGACGAAAAUUAA